AUGCUUAUCGAAGUGAGAGAUGUUUUGCAUCCUUUAUGGUUUGCUACUUAUGAAGCUAGUGCAGACAAACACGUGACUUUAAGCAAAUGUAGUCCACUGAACACAAAUCGGCUUAAUCCUAUUACAACAGUUGGUCAAGAUUUGAAAAAAAGGUUGAUGGCUGAAAUAAAGCAAAUAUUUUCGAACAUAGAGUCUGUGAAAGUAUAUCAUAUUGCAACGCUUCUUGACCCCCGAUACAAAAAAGUUGGGUUUCAGAGUAUUCUUAAUUGUUCGCGUGCUAUAACAUCUGUGAGUUCACUGAUAAGAGAGCAGGUGAAAGUGUCGCAAAAUUUAGCUGUUGAGUGUGAUUGUCAACUAGCUAUCGACGACCAGCAAACGUCUGACAAGAAAAAAAAUUUUUGGGAUUUUUUGGACCUAGAAGCACAGUCAAGUAAUCACUAUCAAGAUAAUGAUGAAGCUGGAGGAGUAUCUAUUGAAUUACGGCAAUUUCUUAAUCGACCACUAGUGGAUAGAAAUAGUACACAGGAUCCAUUGCUUGUUUGGAAAAGUAUCGAGAAUGAGUAUCCACAGGUAUCCACUAUUGCGAAGAGGUACUUAUCAAUUGUUGCGAGUUCAACUCCUUGCGAACGUUUAUUUUCGCAUACCGGUCUAAUUGCGAAUCAAAUUCGUAGCCGAUUAACGCCUGAGCACUUGAAUAUGCUUCUGUUCUUAAAAUCUGUCCCAGAAAGUCUAUGGUUUUCUUAA